CUGGAUUAUAUCGACUCUAAUGUUUUUAUAUAUCAACCAAAUGCAGAGAAAUGGGUAAACUUCAUUCCAAACAUGCUGCUAUUUGUAAACCGAGGGAAAGUCCUGAAGGUGACAGCUUUGUAGUUAACGCCUGUUUAGCAAAAAAAGGACUGGACGAUUGGUUCGUUAAACAGAAGUAUUACUGCACUGGACCUCGACUGGAGCAACAGGACUGCCACCAUAAAAGUACCUGCGGGUUGACUGCCAGAGAUCCACUGGAUGAAGCUUGCGCAGAGGGGAUCGGCAAUGAACAUUAUCGUUUAGAAGUGGCCCUGCCCCCUGAGAAGAUUGACAACUGUGGCAUCGAAGAGAGAUUGCAAGAACGGGAAGUCCCACCUCCUGCUGGUCCACAAAAACAACUCCAGUUUGAGGAACUGGAAUGUGCCGUGUCUGUAGAAGAGGACAACCGACAGGAGUGGACUUUCACACUCUACGAUUUCGACAACAAUGGCAAGGUCACCAGAGAGGACAUCACCAGUCUGCUGCAUACUAUCUAUGAGGUGGUGGAUGCUUCAGUAAACCACUCCCCCAGCAGCAGUAAGACUCUUCGGGUGAAACUGUCCGUGGCCCCAGACUGCAGCCAGAGGUGGAGGAACUGUUCCCAAGGCAACUCUGACACCCCUCACCACAGACAUAAAGUAGAUAAGUGCAUGGAAGACCCCAGAAGCUCAGAAAAGAAAUCUCGUGCCCUCCUCAGGCGUCACCAUAGCGAUCAUCACAACCAGCAAGGAUGCCAACGUCAUUGUGUGGAUGAGAAUCUGGAGAGACGGAAUCACUACCUUGACCUGGCUGGCAUUGAGAACUAUACGUCCCGCUUUGGAACGAUCCCUGCCACUGAGCCAGUGAAGACGGAGCAUGUGACGAGAGCACUGAACCAAAUGCGGUCCCGCUCCCAUGAGCCGGAAAACGGCCACACCUACCCUCACCACCGCCGCUCUCAGACGGUCGCUGAAUCUGCCGGAGCCGACGGCAUCUGCCCCAGGCCCCCUCGUUCUCAAGAGGCAUCCCGUCACGCCGUACGCUCUCCCAAAACACACAGCAGAACGGCCAACGCGCACAACUCCGUUGGCAGGGCUAUCCGAAGCCGCGGCGCCCCCCCUCCUCCGGCCCUCCCCAGUCAGACCCCCCCACACCAGGCGUCCGGCCCGUACCGCAGGCAUAAACAGAAGCCCAAAGAUGGACCGCAGUACCGGGCCCUAGGCAGUGUGGGAGCCCCGGGGCCAGUGCUGGAGAAGGAACAGGUGAGGGAUCUGCCCAGUGUGGUGUUGUAUGAAGGAGGCUUGGCCCAGGUGGUCCAGCGGCACGAGCACCAUCAUCACCAUGAACAUCAUCAUCACUAUCAUCACUUCUACCAAUCCUGAGGUCUCAUUGUACCACAGCCCCUCCCUCUGACCAAUCUUCUGCUGACCGACGCUCCUAAAGACUACGCCAAGCCAGGGACUCGACUUUGGGGAUGUGACUUAGUCAGGACUGAGAAAGGCAGUGUGAUGCUGUGCCACAGUGACAGGGCCUGUGUGUGUGAG